UACUGGAUUAACGUACAUCUCGGACAAAAACCAUUUCAUUCUUCCUUGAACUUACGAGAUCAACACUAGUUAGAUAGACAUGGAGCUGUUCUAUGUCUCUCUCCUCUCCCUGUUUAUCCUCCUGGUUUCAAUUUCCCUGCACUUCCUCUUCUACAAGAACAAAUCCGCCUCCGGCGGCCCCCUCCCGCCCGGAAGAACCGGAUGGCCCGUUCUCGGGGAGAGCCUUGAAUUCCUCUCCACCGGCUGGAAGGGUCACCCUGAGAAGUUUAUAUUCGAUCGCAUCGCCAAGUACUCGUCCAGCGUUUUCAGGACGCACCUUCUCGGGGAGAAGGCCGUCGUUUUCUGCGGAGCCAGUGGCAACAAGUUCCUGUUCUCCAACGAGAACAAGCUCGUCCAGGCAUGGUGGCCGAGUUCCGUCGACAAAGUCUUCCCUUCCUCCACUCAGACUUCUUCCAAGGAGGAAGCCAUAAAAAUGAGGAAAAUGCUUCCCAAUUUCCUGAAACCCGAAGCCCUCCAGCGCUACGUCGGGAUAAUGGACCAUAUAGCCCGGAGACACUUUGCGGACGGAUGGGAAAACAAGGACGAAAUCGUGGUCUUCCCGCUUGCCAAGAACUACACCUUCUGGCUCGCCUGUCGGCUUUUCAUCAGCGUUGAGGAUCCUGACCAUGUGAACAAAUUCGCUGAGCCAUUCAAUCUUUUAGCCUCUGGUUUGAUCUCAAUCCCCAUAGAUUUGCCCGGGACCCCUUUUUACAAGGCGAUAAAGGCAUCGAACUUCAUCAGGAAAGAGCUCGUUUCCAUCAUCAAGCAGCGGAAAAUCGACCUGGCGGAGGGGAAGGCGACGCCGACACAGGAUAUUUUGUCGCACAUGCUUCUGACUAGCGAUGAAAACGGGAAAUUCAUGCAUGAAUUGGACAUUGCUGACAAGAUUUUGGGCUUGCUUAUUGGAGGACAUGACACCGCUAGCUCUGCCUGCACCUUUAUCGUCAAGUAUCUCGCCGAGCUGCCUGAAAUCUACGAAGGAGUCUACAAGGAGCAAAUGGAAAUUGCAAACUCAAAGAAACCAGGUGAACUGUUGAACUGGGAUGACAUUCAGAAGAUGAAAUAUUCAUGGAAUGUGGCCUGUGAAGUGCUAAGACUUGCCCCACCUCUCCAGGGCGCUUUCAGAGAAGCCCUCUCUGAUUUCAUGUACAAUGGUUUCUCCAUCCCCAAGGGCUGGAAGAUCUAUUGGAGCGCAAAUUCAACACACAGAAAUCCAGAAUUCUUCCGGGAGCCGGAGAAAUUUGACCCGUCGAGGUUUGAGGGGUCCGGACCAGCUCCAUACUCAUUUGUGCCAUUCGGCGGGGGGCCGAGAAUGUGCCCCGGAAAAGAGUAUGCAAGACUAGAAAUCCUGGUUUUCAUGCACCAUCUGGUGAAGAGAUUCAGGUGGGAGAAAAUCAUUCCGGAUGAGAAGAUUGUCGUCAACCCGAUGCCCAUCCCGGCAAAGGGACUGCCUGUUCGCCUUCAUCCCCACAAUUGAAGCGUUUUAGUGUUCAAUAAAUUUGUACAAGUACCUCACCCAUGCCAGUCAUGAUCAAAUGUUAGUAGUAUAGUGCAGCAGAUAGCCACAGGACAAACUGCUCAACUCUGCUGUCAACCUCUUUUUGUGGUCUUGUUAUUGUUUCCCUUCUUUCAUUUCUAUAAUUAAAUUUCCUGUCUACGUAAAUUUCUUGUCUAAAUAAUCGGAUGAGUGAUUGUGCCCUUUUUGCCCCCCGUGAA